UCUGAAUUGGGAAAAGAUUCGGAACUUUGAGCGGCUGAUUCCGCGCGCCGGAGCAUCCUAUUUCAGCAGAAUCCGAACGGAUUUCCUGGAAAAUCGCCACCUAUUGAUGGAGCUUCCUCAGCCCCGUCCCUUCGGAGCCCAAGGAAGAAAAUCAACGCACGAUUUUCUUUCACUCUAUUCACCAGUCCAAGAUCCAAGACCACCACCUCAAGAUGCUUACCUCAAAACUCACGACUUCCUGCAACCUCUGGAGCGGCUAGGGAAGAACAGCCCAAAGGAAGAAAGUGCGGUCGAGGUUCCAACAAUGGAGAAGCCGCCGCCUCCCGCGCCGGCGGUGGUUCCUCCUCCCGCUUCAAGCGAGCUCCUCCUCCCAGGAGGCUACGGCACUUACAGCAUAAGCCACGUUCCUUAUCCUGCCCAGAGGGUUCCGAAGCCCGAAGGGGGCUUGUUUCCGGUGGCUCAGGGAAGUGGGACAGAUCGGAAUGAGGAGAAUUCAAACUGCAGCGCUUACACUGGCAGCGGGUUCACUCUGUGGGAUGAAUCCGUCGCCAAGAAGGGAAAGACAGGGAAGGAGAAUGCCGCCGGCGACAGACAUACCACGAGAGAGGCAGGGCUGAGGAUCGGUGGAGGCGGCCAGCGGGUGACGUCGGAGCGGCCGUCACAGUCGUCGUCCGGCACCGUGAACAACCAACUCAACGCCAACGCCAACGCCGCUUUCAGUUCACUCUCCUCCUCCCAGUCAGCCACUUUCCCGUCCUCCUCUUCUAUGCAAUUUUCAUCUCAGAAGAAUCAGACUUUCAUGGAUAUGCUGAAAUCCGCUAAGACGUCGCAAGAUGAGUACGAUGACGAUGAUGAAGAGUUUGUUCUUAAGAAAGAGCCGUCCCCCCAAGGGAAAAGUGAUUUGACUGUAAAAGUGGAUGGUGGGAGCGUGAAGAGCUCUGAUCAGAGGCCUAACACCCCACGAUCGAAACAUUCUGCGACUGAGCAACGUAGGAGAAGUAAAAUCAAUGACAGAUUUCAGAUGCUGAGAGAGCUCAUACCUCAUGGUGACCAAAAAAGAGAUAAAGCAUCAUUCUUAUUAGAGGUUAUUGAGUACAUUCAAUACUUGCAAGAGAAAGUGAACAAAUAUGAGGGGUCAUAUCAGGGGUGGAACCAAGAACCAUCGAAGUUGAUGCCCUGGAGAAACAGUCACAGACCUGCAGAAGGUUUUGUUGAUCAAUCUGAAGCCACAAACAGUGGCUCCGUUUCCGGGUUAAUGUUCCCUGCAAAAUUUGAUGAGAAUAACCUUGAUGUCUCCAAUACCAAUCUCAGGAAUGGACACAACGCCGUGGAAUCUGACAUGAACACUCUUUCUAACUUGAAAGCAUUUGAUCAUCAUGCGAGAUUAACAAAUAAAGCAGUAGCCCCUCCUGCCCCCCUGCAGCCAAAUAUUUUCAAUCCUAGUGGAAGUGGCAAUACAAUAGUUUCAAUUCCAGCUAGAGAGGCAUCUAAUUCUCAGCCUCAAUCCCAAUUCUGGCAUACCAGAUCAUGUGUAGCUGAUUCAGCUGUUGCAAGCCAUAAGCUGAAGGAACAGGAAUUGACUAUUGAAAGUGGAAGAAUUAGCAUCUCGAGUGCCUACUCACAAGGGUUACUAAAUUCUCUCACGCAAGCGCUGCAGAGUUCUGGAGUAGACUUGUCACAAGCCAGCGUCUCAGUGCAAAUUGAUCUUGGAAAACGAGCAAAUGGCAUACUCGGUUCAACAUCUGCCCUUAAGAAUAAUGACCUUCGCCCGAGCAAUCCAACAAUGGCAUGUUCUAGAGGUGCAAGCAGUGGCGAAGAAUCUGAUCAAGCGCUAAAGAGGCUCAAGACAAGCUAGUAUGACACUCGGGCAAUAUUCUUUUGGUCUUUACUUUUUCCACUCUAAUAUGAUUUAUUCAUUUUUUUUUUUUGGGAUUCCCCGUGUUCUACUUGGGAAUUUUAUUGAUGUAUUCUCCUCGUAUACAAACGACCCGUAUAAAGAGAUCAUGAAGACCCUGAGCCUUUGUACAUCUAGUGUUUUUCCCCAUUGUUAGGAUGCUGCACAGAUUUUCCUAGCAACCAAACACGUAUUACUUAUUUCUACUGUUUGUCAGCGCCAGCAUAGAGGCUUCCAUUAUGGUGUUGAGAAGCUGCUUUUUCAUUCAAGGCUUCCAUUGAUGUGAAGUUUCAAACACUUUUUUCUUUUUCUUUUUUUUUCUUUUUUUUUGGGGGGGGGGGGGGUUCUUCUUUUGGGCGCUUUCUUAGCCUAAGCCUGGUGUCAUGUAGAUGAUGAUAUUAAUGUUCUGAAAAUACUGGAACAAAUCUUUAAUACUUUGGUUUGGAUUGGAUC